CUUAGAAGAGGCCUCCCCGGUGAAGAUAGCAGCCCGGAACCACUAUCCCACCGGACCACCUCCUCACCGGACAGCCCUGCAGGACCGGACCAGCGCCGAGCGGAGAUGAGCCUAGAGCAGCAGCCCCUGAUCAUGUGACUCCUCCUCCUCCAUGUGACUGAUCACCUGACUGUGACAUCAUCGCAGGUCCUGUUAGUACACUUCCUGUAUUGCUCUGCUGGUGAAGGUGAAGAUAUGAACAAUAUUAAUGCUCUACAGACAGAUGUGAGCAGUGAUGAGCAGUAUAAGGAGGACAUUCCUGCAGGGAAAGAUCUGAUCUACAUUAAUGCUACAGACAUAAAGGAAGAAGAAGAAGAGACAGAUGUGAGCGAUGAUGAGCAGUAUAAGGAGGACAUUCCUGCAGGGAAAGAUCUGAUCUAUAUUAAUGCUGCAGACAUAAAGGAAGAAGAAGAGACAGAUGUGAGCGAUGAUGAGCAGUAUAAGGAGGACAUUCCUACAGGAGAAGAUCUGAUCAAUAUUAAUGCUACAGACAUAAAGGAAGAAGAAGAGACAGAUGUGAGCGGUGAUGAGCAGUAUAAGGAGGGCAUUCCUACAGGAGAAGAUCUGAUCAAUAUUAAUGCUACAGACAUAAAGGAAGAAGAAGAGACAGAUGUGAGCAGUGAUGAGCAGUAUAAGGAUUACAUUCCUACAGAUUCUUCCACCAGGAGAUCAGAGGAGAAUCUUAUAUCUUCAGAUUAUAAAGCAGAUGAUGAUAUCACACAAGAUACAUAUGAAGAACAUUCCAUUAUCCCAGAUACACCCUCAGCCCUUCACAGCCAAGAUCUGUCAUCUCAUCCUGUUAUACAAGUCCAACCUAAAGAUUCAUCAGAGGCUGUUAAGCAAAAUAAUGAGGAGCCAUUUUCAUGUUCAGAAUGUGGGAAAUGUUUUACUUGGAAAUACUCUCUUGUUAGACAUAAAAAAAAACACACAGGAGAGAAACUAUUUUCAUGUUCAGAAUGUGGAAAAUGUUUUGCUGUGAAAUCAUCUCUUGUUGAUCAUCAAAGAACUCACACAGGAGAGAAGCCAUUUUCAUGUGCAGAAUGUGGGAGAUGUUUUACUGUGAAAUCAUCUCUUGCUGAUCAUCAAAGAACUCACACAGGGGAGAAGCCAUUUUCAUGUGCAGAAUGUGGGAGAUGUUUUAGUCACAAAUCUUAUCUUGGUAAACAUCAAAGAAUUCACACAGGAGCGAAGCCAUUUUCAUGUCCAGAAUGUUGGAAAUGUUUUCCUGACAAAUCAUCUCUUGUGAGUCAUCAACGAAUUCACACAGGAGAAAAGCCAUAUUUAUGUUUAGAAUGUGGGAAAUGUUUUGCUCAUAAGUUAUCUCUUGUAGUUCAUCAAAGAAGUCACACAGGAGAGAAGCCAUUUUCAUGUUCAGAAUGUGGAAUAUAUUUUACUCAUAAGUUAUCUCUUGUUAUUCAUCAAAGAAAUCACACAGGAGAGAGGCCAUUUUUAUGUCCAGAAUGUGGAAAAUGUUAUAACAAUAAAUCACAGCUUGUUAAACAUCAAAAAAGUCACACAGGAGAAAAAUGUGGAAAAUGUGGAAAAUGUUUUACUUCAAGUUCACUUCUUGUUGAACAUCAAAAAUCUCACAAAGUAAAAAAGCCAUUUUCAUGUCCAGAAUGUGGAAUAUGUUUUAAGCGGAAAUCAAUACUUGGUCAACAUCAAAGAACUCACACAGGAGAGAAGCCAUUUUUAUGUUCAGAAUGUGGGAGAUGUUUUACUCAUGAAUCGCAUCUUGUUGAACAUGAAAAAACACACACAAGAGAAAUGCCAUUUUCAUGUUCAGAAUGUGGGAAAUGUUUUAUAUCUAAAUCAAAUCUUAUCAUACAUCAAAAAAACCACACAGAGGAAAAACCAUUUUCAUGUUCAGAAUGUGGGAAAUGUUUUACAUUUAAAACACGUCUUGUCACACAUCAAAGAACUCACACAGGAGAGAAACCAUUUUCAUGCCCAGAAUGUCGUAAACAUUUUACUCAGCAAUCAAUACUUAUCAGGCAUCUAAGAAUUCACACAGGAGAGAGACCAUUUUCAUGUUCAGAAUGUGGAAAAUGUUUUAAACAGAAACCACAUCUUGUUAAACAUAAAAUAACCCACACAGGAAAGAAGCCAUUUUCAUGUUCAGAAUGUGGGAAAUGUUUUACUGAGAAAUCAAAUCUUGUUAAGCAUCAAAGAAUUCACACAGGAGAGAAGCCAUUUUCAUGUUCAGAAUGUAGGAAAUGUUUUACUGAGAAAUCACAUCUUAUCAACCAUCUAAGAAUUCACACAGGAGAGAAGCCAAUUCAGAGCAAUAAAUGAUGCAGAUAAGACAUCUAUAUAUUAACCAUGUACAUAGGAUAUCUGACAUUUAUACAUAUAUCAUAUACUGCAUCUCCAAACUUGUUCCCAAUUGUUAAUAAAAGUUUUCUUUUAGAACGUAGUCACCGAUCCAGCGAUGUCAUCACUAUAGUUUACAUGGUAGGAAAAGAGUGUGAUAUAUGGUUGUGAUAUUCACUGCUCCUCAUGGUGAAGACCCAACAGGCAUAAUCUAUGGGGAGCUGCUACUGGAGACCCAAACACCUCAGAGAGAAGGGACUUAUUCCAGUGAUGAAGAAUUCCAGGACAUGACCAGAUUAGAGACACAAAAUCACUUCUAUCUUCUGGCUUCUAGGACAUUAUUCUGAUGGAAGAACUUUACACAUUAUAUAAAGUCCUAUAGGUGUUGGGGAACAUUUAUAGACAAUUGUUCGCCCCGGCUGUCAUGGCGUAUCAUAGGCCCCCUGCCUCCAUAUUACACAGGUCUGAUGGAGGA